GUGUGUACGUGUGUUUGUGAGUGUGUAUGCAUAUACACAUGCACAUAUCUAUACAUAUAUAGAUAGAUAUGUAUUUAUGUGCAUACAUACCUUGAGUGUGUAAUGAUUUUCCUUCUCUCGUGCAGCAUGGAUUACCCGACGAAGGAAAAGCUGCGGCUGGCCGAACACUCAGUUACUCCCGCCCCAGGAUCCUCAGAGGCGUCAGCAGAGAAACCCGAAGAAGCAAAUAACUGCUGUUUCUGCUGCAGUUAUCGGACGGGCAGCAUCAGCAUCGCCAUCUUCUAUCUAGUGGUGCACUUAAGUUUCUUAGGCUUUGGAAUCGUUGCCCUGUGCAGUGAGGGUGUGAGAAACGUUGGAGCCAUGGUUUUUGUCGCACUUAGUGUGUUGACUGUUUCAAUAGUCCUUAUCUCCUUGAUGUUACUCGGCGCCGUAAAGCGCCGUCACCAGUACCUCCUACCCUGGGCUGUGUGGGAGGGCUUCAACAUCGGCCUCGAAACGGUGGGUCUGGCCAUCAGUCUCUUCGGUUUUGGCGUCAUUGCACUCGUGGGCUUCAUUUUUCUUGCUCUCCGAGGCUGCUGCGUUUUCGUCGUCCUGCAGUACCGUGGCCAGCUGAUGGCCCAGCCUCCGAAGUCAGAGGGCAACGCUCAGGCCUAAUUUACGAAGAUGCAGCCUCCUCUUCCUCCCACGCUUGGCUUCAAGAUAUUUGUGAAACCUCUAGUGUUUCAUUAUGCGUUUUAUCUGCUUUAGCACAGUGCAUGUAUGUUUGUAUGGAUAGGUGUAUCUGUAUGUAUAUAGAUGGUGAUUGCUUCUUGUAGUUCUUACAUAGCUAUAUCUACAUUUAUAUAUAUAUAUACACGCAGAGAAUUGUGACCAUUAAAACCUUAUUGCAAAUGGAAAAGUAGAACCUGCUAAUGAAUUUUGCUAUUUACAAGUGGUUACAACCACAAAACAAAACCCAUCAGAAAUGGCAGAGCAAAAAUGCAGUAAUCUCAUACGCAUCCACACACACAUAAAAUGUAUGUAUUCAUAAAUAAAUAUACAUAUGUGUGUGUAUAUGUUUGUUUUUGUUAUGUUAUAAUUGUUUUUUAUAUUCCAUAUGGA